UCCCCUCUCGCUUUCCCUCCAAAUAGCAUCCCUCGUGCCAACAAUGUGCCUACGCUUCUCGCCCACUUUGCAGCCACCACCCUGAGCUAGUCACGUAUUUUUUAGGGGGCAAUGGCGAACGGCGGCGGCGGCGGCCGGCGGCGAAAGGGGGCGCGCCGGGGUAAGACAAAGAAGAAGACCAAGUACCUCAGCCUCAGCCGCCACCUCUCCCAGGCGGCGGAGGUCGUCGUCCACAGGUCCGAAUCUCUGUCGGUGGAGGAAUCUUUGCCACCCUCGGCGCCGUCGACGGAGGAGGCGGCGCAGACGCUCGAGGACGACGGAGCCGGCCAUGAGCAGCAGCAGCUCGACCCGUUCGCGCUGCAUCCCGAGGCGCCGUCCACGCUGUUCGCGGCGGCGCCGUCGCUCAACGACAUCCUCGGCGCCUCCUCCCCCUUCUCCUCCGGCGGCGGCUCGGGGGGUUCAUCCUCGUGCGCCCCCUCCCCGGACGCAUCCGGCGGGAGCGGCCGCUUCGAGGGCGAGGAGGAGGACCUGGCCCGGCGCGCGCUCCGGGGCAGGGAGCGGUGGGUGUACUGCAGGAGCAGCUCCUCCUCCCCCAGCGCCGCGACGGCGACCACCACCACCACCACCACAACCUCGUCCUCGUGCUCGUCGGCGGCCAGCACGGGCGCCGCCUCCGCCUCCGCGCGGCUGCCGCUGCUCAAGCUGGACUACGACGAGAUCCUGGCCGCCUGGGCGGGCCGCGGGUCCCUCUACAUCGGAGCCGCGCCGGCCCUCGCGGCGCCCAAGCUGGAGCCCGACUCGGUGCUCGUGGAGGUGGCGCCGGGGCGGCAGGCGGCGGCGUGGACUGCGCCGGAUGCGACCGGGAGGGCGGAGAGGGUCAGGCGCUACAAGGAGAAGCGCCAUGCCAGGCUCUUCUCCAAGCGGAUCCGGUACGAGGUUCGCCGCAUCAAUGCCGUCCGGCGGCCGCGCUUGAAGGGCCGUUUCAUCAGGGGGAACGAAGGUGUUGCCAUGGCCACCUGAAGCGAGCUCCAGCCUUUAUCGCAGUGCUUGCUUCAUUCAGUUACAAGAAUGGGUAAUACAUGCAUCCAUCCGUGUGUCACUCCGUUCCAACUGUAGAAUGUAAAUUAUCAGGUUAUUAGUCUCCAGGCUGCCAUAACCCAACCCCAGUUUCUUGUACCAUUCCCAAGCUGCGAGCUUGAGCAGCAAGUGCAGUGUCUGUGUGGAUCAUGUUGUUUGCCAGCUUUGUAGGAUGAAAAAUAAUAGAACUUGAUUUGGUCAUAAA